AUAUUGGUGCCCGCGCCGCAGUUACUGCGUGUUUGUCCCUGCCGCGGCAACGGAGCCUGCCCUGGGGCGGCCCAGCGGGAGCAGCCCUUGCCCCCAACCCCUCCGCCGGCUCCCCCGCCAGCGCCCGCCAUGGCGGCGAGGCCUGGUGGGCCCUGAAAGGAAACCAACCGCCGUCAACACAACAGGGAACAAACCAACCUCGCCCCGUCCGUCCACCUCAACUCUCGCCUCCCUCUCCGCCACAACAUGGAGGCCGUGAAAGCUUUUAACAGCGAGUUGUACUCGCUGAAUGACUACAAACCUCCCAUUUCAAAGGCAAAAAUGACACAGAUUACCAAGGCAGCAAUCAAGGCUAUAAAGUUCUACAAGCAUGUUGUACAAAGUGUUGAGAAAUUCAUUCAGAAGUGUAAACCAGAAUACAAGGUGCCUGGCUUAUAUGUCAUUGACUCAAUUGUUCGACAGUCUCGACAUCAGUUUGGGCAAGAAAAAGAUGUGUUUGCGCCUAGGUUUAGCAAUAACAUCAUUAGCACUUUCCAGAAUUUAUACCGUUGCCCUGGGGAUGAUAAGAGUAAAAUCGUUAGAGUACUCAAUUUGUGGCAGAAGAAUAAUGUGUUCAAAAGUGAAAUUAUCCAGCCUCUACUGGAUAUGGCAGCAGGAAUUCCUCCCCCAGUUGUAACCCCUGUCUUGCCUGGGACAGCUGCUGCUAUGAGUAACAAUACCCCAGGGACACCUGUGACACCUGCUACACCAGCCAAUGUGAUCCAAAGUUUACCUGAUCCUUGGGUAUCUCAGAUAACCAAUACAGAUACUCUUGCUGCUGUAGCACAGAUUCUACAGAGUCCACAAGGCCAACAGCUUCAGCAAUUAAUACAGACAUUGCAAAUGCAACAGCAAAAACCCCAGCCAUCGCUGCUUCAGGCGCUAGAUGCUGGUCUUGUUGUUCAGUUACAAGCCCUCACUGCACAACUUACAGCUGCUGCCGCCGCCGCCAAUACACUUAAUCCACUAGAACAGAGUGUCUCUUUCAAUAAGAAGCUAAUGGAUAGGUUUGGGGAUUUUGCGGAAGAAGCUGAUAUUAAUGAAGAACCUAAAAAAGAAACCCAAGCUUCUCAAUUGCCCCUUGUAUCUGAAUCUGUGAACAAUUCUCUUUUUCAUCAACUGGCUGAACAAUUACAGCAACAAAACCUAGAACAUCUUCGGCAGCAGCUUCUGGAACAGCAGCCUCCAAAGGCAAGCCCUAAAGAAACGCAAGAAGAACAUUUUGGUUCUGAACAUUCAGCAUCUCCUUCACAAGACAGUGGCCACCAGCAGUUCUUAGAAGUGGAACCAAAUAUUGACAAUUCAAUGGAUGUUCAACAACAGGAUAUGGAUAUAGAUGAAAUCCAAGAGGUUGUAGAACAAGAGGUUUUUGAGCAAGAAGAAAAGAAAGCAACAGUUAUUUCAAGAUCAAGAACACGUUCAAGAUCUCGUUCAAGGUCUCCAAGAAAACGAAGGUCCAGAUCACGAUCUGGUUCUCGAAAACGUAAGCAUAGGAAACGCUCACGCUCUAGAUCAAGAGAACGAAAAAGAAAGUCAUCACGGUCAUAUUCGAGUGAAAGAAGAGCUAGAGAAAGAGAGAAAGAAAGGCAGAAAAAGGGCUUACCUCCCAUACGAUCCAAAACACUAAGUGUCUGCAGUACCACACUUUGGGUUGGUCAAGUGGACAAGAAGGCCACACAGCAAGACUUAACCAAUUUAUUUGAAGAAUUUGGACAAAUAGAAUCUAUAAAUAUGAUUCCUCCCAGAGGUUGUGCAUAUGUCUGUAUGGUUCAUAGACAGGAUGCAUAUCGUGCUCUUCAGAAACUUAGCUCUGGAUCCUAUAAGAUUGGUUCUAAAAUUAUUAAGAUUGCAUGGGCUUUAAAUAAAGGGGUAAAAACUGAAUAUAAACAGUUUUGGGAUGUGGAUCUUGGAGUUUCAUAUAUACCUUGGGAAAAAGUUAAAUUGGAUGAUUUAGAUGGCUUCGCGGAAGGUGGCAUGAUUGACCAAGAAACAGUGAAUAGCGAGUGGGAAACUGCAAGAAACUCAGAGCCUGUAAAAGAGCCUGUGCAGACAACCCAGAGUACAACAGUUGACAAGACCACAGCUGUUACAACACAAACAGAAACUUACACACAGUCUGUCACUAUGCUACAGAUUCCUGUAGCCCCAGCUGUACCAGCUGUUAGUUUAGUUCCACCAGCAUUUCCUGUUGCAAUGUCUGUUCCUCCUCCAGGGUAUGGUGCAGUUCCUCCACCUCCCUUCUUGAGAGCAAGCUAUAAUCCUGCACAACCACCUCCUGGUUAUAUGCCGCCUCCUGUUCCACCUCCUGUUCCUCCACCAGUAGUCCCAACACCUCUUGUACAACCUUCACUACCGAUUGCUCAAGAGUCAAUGAAAGAUUUUACCAAUCUUGUUCUACCAGUAGGAACUGUUUCCAGUAGUCUUACCACCCCAACCUUGUCUACUGGAAGUGUUUUUACUUCUCUUUCAAGUAACAACUCAGAAAUGGAUGAGAAGGGAUCUCAUCUUUCCGAGGUUCAAAUCUCAUCAAGUGAAAGCAGAGCUGUUCAAGAUGAUGUUUCAAGCAGUUCUGGAGUAUCCAGUGUCCCAACCAGUUCUGGGCUUAUAGGAGGAAUGCAGACCCCUAGUGUCUCAAGCAACUCUGGACUUGUGCAGCCAUCAAGUGUCUCAAGCAGCUCUGGACUUUUAACACGAGUUAAACCACCUACUGCUUCAAACAGCUCUGGACUUCUGACUGGUGUUCAGCCUCCAAGUGUCUCAAGUAGCUCUGGGCUUCUGGCAGGACUCCAGCCCAUGAGCGUUUCAAGCAGCUCCAGCCUUCUAAUGGGACUUCAACCACCAAUAGUGUCAAGUAAUUCUGGGCUUUUGUCAGGAGUCCAGCCACCCAUAGUGUCAAGUAGUUCUGGGCUGUUGACAGCACUCCAGCCACCAUCUGUAUCGAGCAACCGUGGCCUUUUGGGAUUGCCACCACCAAUUGUUUCAAAUAGUUCUGGACUGUUGGGAUUACCACCACCAAAUAUUUCAAGUGGUUCUGGACUUCUAGGGCUGCAACCACCCACUGGGAUUCAAAAUGUGCCCCAUUUAACCCUUGCUAGUCAAAGGUUGCCUGGAAUGCCUCUAGUAGAUAUCCGUGCAGGACUAAUGCCACAACCACCUGGGCCAAGAUUUCCACUCUUACAGCCUGGAAUCCCACCACAGCGUAGUAUUCCCCCUCCAGCUAUCCUUGAUCCAUCUCUUCCUCCACCCAGGGCUCCUUUCCUUUCAGGAGAUCUUUUUACACAAACAGAGAGGCCAUUUGGAACUUCUUGUAGGCAAAAUGUUGAUAACAUUUCUAAUCCAGAUAAAAGAUUGCCACUUGGAGAUGACAACAUUCAGCAAGAAGGAGAUAGAGACUACCGCUUUCCUCCAGUGGAAAAUAGAGAAAGCCUUAAUCGUCAGUCAUCAGCAGAUAUUAGAGAUUCAGGUGGAAGGCCACCACUAGAUCCAAGAGAGGGUCUAGGAAGACCUCCAGUAGAUGGAAGAGAACAUCUUGCCAGGCCACACAUAGAUUUAAGAGAGAACUUUGGAAGACCAGGUAUGGAUAACCUUGGUAGAAGAGACCAUUUUCCUUUCAAUUCAGAUAAGCAUUGGGGUCAAAGAGGAGAUUAUGAUGAAAGAGAGCAUCAUAUUUUUUCUGUAUAUGGUGGUCGUAAAGGCUUCCCAGAUGACCGAGAGAGGUAUCGACAAACGAACUACAGAUUUGAAGCUCGUGGUGGUCCCAGCUGGAACAGGGGGCUUGAACAAGAUACUCACAGAGACUUUGAUGACCGCCGUAGGCCCUGGGAAAGACAGAGGGACAGGGAUGACAGAGAUUUUAAUUUUGGCAGAGAAAUUAAUGGAAACAGGUUUGGGAGAGAAAGAAUACAGAACAACUGGAUACCCCCUUCCCAUCCAAGAGCAUUCGAAUAUUUUGAAGGUGGCACAACUCAACAAAAACCUGGCGGUGUGCCCCAGAUUAAUGGUGAAAAUGCAGAGACAGAGAGUCAGCCAUCUACUGUUCAAGUACAGGAUGAAUCAGAACUGUAUGAAAAGCUGGCAACUCCAAGUGACACAAAAAAAGAGAAGAGUGACACAGAAGCUGAAUUAGAAAGUGAACCAGUGGUAGAAAGCACAGAAACUGAGGGGACAUAAUCAUCACUCAGUAGGCAAUGUGAUGAAGGAUGUUGUGGCAACUUACCGUGUGCUGGGCUCUGCAGAGUUAAAUGAGAAGUACCUCAGUGUUCUAAUGAGCACCACAUCGGAUUCUGGUUGUGAAGUAUUAGAAGGAAGGAACCUGGCAUGACAGAUUGAGGAAGCAUUGUGUGUCAGGGCACACUUUUUAAUGAAAACCGGGGAUUACGAACAUACCCCACCACUAUUACCUGUCUGGAGCAGGCUUAAUUUUAUAAAUUGAAAGCAAUAAACUCUAUGAGUUGUGUUUUUUUAAAAGAACUCCUUUCCUGUGUUUUUGAGGGUGAUCUGCUCAAGUGAACAGUUUUUGCAUCCAGUACAGAGAAAGGCUCUUCUGCAGGACCAGAAGAUAACACUGGACAGUAACUUAUAACUAAAACCCACUUGUGUCUCCUAAAUGAAGAACAGGUUGCAGGAGAGAGAGAGAAAAAUUCAGUGGAAAAGCUGUUUCCUUUCCUUACAAAGAUUAGACGUUUCGAAUGUGUUCUUUGGAAGCUCCAUUUGAUGUAAUGCUACAUGUGCAGUCAUUGCGUAGACAGUGAAUUGUGACUGGUGCCCUCUCAGUUCCAGACCUUUGCGCUGACAGAGGUUCAGUGCCAGAGUAACAUCAUUUUUUGUGAUCUAUAAGUGCAUCACUUCUUAAGCACUUAAUUGGGGCACAGGAGUUGGGCUGUAAGGCCCAGGGAUGACUUGAGUAUUUUCAGGUUGAUGGACCCCCAAAGUCAUCAGAGUUUCAGAAGACUGAAAAUGAAAAUCCUAGGGCCAGUAUCCCAGACUUAUCCUUCAGUUCCCUAAUAAUGCCUAGGAGGCUGAACAGCAAAGAGAACUGAUGAAAUGAACAUGAGCUAAUUAACAUCAAUCAGUUCUGAAGUGCACUCAUUACUGUACAUGGGAAUUUGCAGAUUCCUAAUUCAGGCAAUGACCUCUCUAAAUUCCCAAAGGGAAAAAAAAUCUAUGUUUUAGGUUCAUACAUAUGGACUUAGUUUACUGAUCAACUACAAAGAGAAAAGCAGGGGGGAAAGUGAAAAAAGAGAGUGUGUGCGAGGGAAGAGAGACGUGGUCAUACACCGUAUGUGAAAACGUCAUUUUUGUCUAUCUGCUGUUUGUUUUGUUCUCUCAAAAGUAAAGGGCCAGUCACUGGAAUGUUGUAUUAUGAUCUCUUGAAGUCAGAAACUUUCAGCAAGAUCAUUCCCCUUAUGCUGUAACUGCAUGGUGAUCACAGCUUUGAGCCUGUAUGACAAUAAAUGAAAAAGAAGUUUUAAAAAGCUUAGAUCUGUAGGUCUGUUUUUUUAAUGAGGUCUCCCCCCACCCCAAGAAGGGUAUACCUUUAAAUCUAAAUGUGACUUCAUUUUCAUAUAGGAAAACACAAAAUCAGUCUGCCACAACCUGGUUUCCUCCAGAUGUGUUAGAUUCCAACAUAUUCAGCUAACUCCAACAUGAAUAGUAGUGUACUAUAUCUGAAGGGUGCCAGGCGGAGGAAGACUAAGACACACAUAGCUUGGCAUGUCACAAUUCUCCAUGGGAUAGUACUCAAGGGACCAACUUUCCUUUUCAUGUGGUACCAUCACAACACUGCACUCUUUCCUAAUAUUUCAGCAUUACAACCAUUACUUUAAACAUCUCUUCCUGCAUAUGUGUAUUUGGCUACCUUCUGAGUUUUACAGGGCCAGCAGCAUGUGAAGGCCAGAAAUCAGAGAGUGUAUACACACAUGUGCACCAGCUCUGCUUUAUAUUUACUUAGCAGGGAAUAAAGAGCACUGCAUUGGCCAUUUUCUGAUAAUCUGAGGUAGAGCAAGGCCAUUUAUUAGGACUCAAAAAUAGAAGGGAAUGGUAAACCACUUAUGAGUAUUCUCUACCUGGAAAAUACUGAAAAGGGUCACCAGUGCUUUAUGGGAUAUGAUGGUUCUUAUAUUAAGUAAAGGUAUUGCUCUAUGGUAGACUUUCAGAGUGUUUUUUCCUCUGAUGAGCCAAGGCAUCUCUUUUAUGAUUUUU